UCGAGUUUCUUCUCUUCCCUUCACCAAAGCAAUGCUCUUCUUCUGCUUUUGCUUUAUCUUUCUUUCAAUGAUGUUUUUGCUCAAAUGGGUGCAUGCUGUCUGUCCAAAACAAGAACUUUAAUGUGGAAUUUCUUUUUACUAUUCCUGGUUGUUCUAAUAAAUAAAUAAAUACCUGAAUCUAGACCUAGUUGCUAAGACUCAACUGGAUUUUACAUAAUGGUGGCCUUAAUCUGCAACCAGACUACAGAAGAAUUAAGACACUCUCUUCUGUGCACAACACUAGAUCUCGAACAAACAAAGAUGUUUGCUCAUGAGGAAAUAAGGAAAAGAGAUGAACAACUGAUCCAGCUCAAAGACAUCUUAACCAAAACCAUUAAAGAAAGAGACGAAGCUCUCCAGAAAUGCGAGCGUCUCAUGUCCGAUAACCUCACGCGUCCACAACACCAGCAGCAAAAUCAUAUGACUCCUCCUUUAUCAGGAGCUUCAAGCAUUGAAGAUGAAACAUUGCAUCCUCAACAACUUACAUCCAACAAGUGUUUCACAUCCUCAGAUUGUGAGGAGAGCUUUAUGUCACCAAAUGAUCAUGUCAUGAACCCACACUCAUCUCAGCUUGAAGAAGUAUCAGGAAAUGAGAUUAUGGAUCCAUUGUUUCCAGACAAGCCAUUGCCUGAAAAGGGCAAGCUCUUACAAGCUGUUAUGAAGGCAGGGCCAUUGCUUCAGACACUGCUCUUAGCCGGUCCAUUACCUCAAUGGCAACACCCACCACCGCUUCUCAAGACUUUCGAGAUCCCUCUAGUCACCAUCCAGUGCCCAAAUGUCAGCAAUGGCUGUGGAAAAUUCAACAGAAAGAGAGUAUUAUUCUCAGAUGGGUCGUAUUCAAAAACUAAGUAUCAGAAAGUUCUUCUCCACUAACCGACACACUUCUGGCUGCUGCUGAUCUUGAUUCUUACUCAAGUAGUACUAUUAGUCAUCUAAUAUUCCAUCACAUAGGUCAAUUUCAGGGUUUUAAUCUCACUUAGUGCCUUAGUGGGUCAAGUGAGAGUGGUCUUUGUACAUUAGGGUUUUUGGUUAUGCUCCAUUGUGGGAGACAAGAGUCUGAUCCAUUUAGGGUUUAGAUUUAGAGUGAUGAGAAAGAAAGACCACAAAAAAAACUCCCUUGGUUUUAUUUAAUACUAUGUGAGAGUUUGCUAUUUUUAUUUAUUUCUAUAGGGAUGCUGGCUGUGGUUUUGUUUUUUUGAGUGUUGUAUCUCAAAUGCAUUUUCACACUCAUGUGUUGGCUCCAUGAUGUGUUGAACUAAGGUUUCUAUGUUUUCUUC